AUGAGCGGAAGAGGCAAAACCGGAGGCAAGGCCAGGGCGAAGGCAAAGACCCGUUCAUCCCGUGCCGGGCUCCAGUUCCCCGUGGGCCGUGUGCACAGGCUGCUGCGCAAAGGCAACUACGCCGAGCGUGUGGGCGCUGGCGCACCAGUCUCACCUGGCCGCGCGUCGCAACUGGCCGUCCGUAACGACGAGGAGCUGAACAAACUGCUCGGCGGUGUGACCAUCGCUCAGGGUGGUGUGCUGCCCAACAUCCAGGCAGUGCUACUCCCCAAGAAGACCGAGAAGGCAGUCAAAGCCAAGUAA